CGGCCGACUCGCGACAGACCAUACGCGCGAGACGACUAAACGACGAUUCUAGGCUUCAAGGGACACACAUCGAUCACGACGCGGGAAACGGAGCGAGAGACUCACCGCCGCCGCCGCCGCCGCUAACACCCGCACUUGCCGCCGGGUCGAGCAAACGAGCGAGACAGAGCAUUCGCCACCACCUCGCAGCAGCGCAGUGGCUUGCCAAGUGAGCGCGACGGCCGGCAUUGCCCGUUGUUGCUGCGUUGGCCACCCGACUCGUUGUCGACUCGAAGGCUCGCAACGCGACGUCACGACCAUGUCGGAAACCACGCCAGCCCCACCGCCUGCGGCGGCACCCAAACCCCUCCCCCGCCCAGCGACGUCCUCUGGCGACCCCGCCGCGGACGAGGAGACGCAGGUGCACGAGGUGUACGAGGCCAUCGCGCCGCAUUUCGCCAGGACGCGCUUCAAGCCGUGGCCACUGAUCGAGGCCUUCCUCUCCCGCCUCCCGCCACACAGCGUCGGGCUGGACGCAGGCGCAGGAAACGGCAAGUACCUCCCUGCUGCUGCGGCUGCCGGCCACUGGGCGAUCGCCGUCGACCGCUCGCGCGGGUUGCUGGAUAUCGCCAAGGGACAGCUCGAGGACGGGGCCGAGUGCGUGCGGGGGGAUAUUAGCGACGCGCCGUGGCGCGCUGGCGUGUUUGACUUUGCCAUCUCCAUUGCGGCAAUCCACCACCUCUCCACGCCGGAGCGGAGAGCAGAGAGCGUCAAGGCCCUUCUCUCACCCCUCCGCGUCUCUCCCGCCCCGGAACCCCCCGCCCGCUUCUUCAUCUACGUAUGGGCUUACGAGCAGGGCCCAAACUCCAGGCGCAAGAUGGGCUCGCUCGCCGGCUCCGACGACAAGGACAAGACGCAGGACUUCCUCGUGCCGUGGGUACUGGCGCCGCUGCGCGCCAAGGGCGAGCACGUGCCCGACAACCAGCAGGUGUUCCACCGCUACUACCACCUGUUUGUGGAGGGCGAGCUGCGGCGGUUGGUCGAAGGCGCGGCGCGCGACGCUGGCUUUGUGCUGCUGCGUGAGGGUGAGGGAGGGGAGAGCGGCGUCAAGCAUCUCCGUGUCGUUGCUGAGGGGUGGGAGGCUGAUAACUGGUGGCUCGAGGCCGAGGUGUUCCGGGGCUAGGCGGGUUGGAGUGUUCAAAGGGCAGCCGUGUCGUAGUGUAC